AUGAAACCGAAGGAGGACGAGGUUUCUACCAUUCACAACGAGGGAACGAUCUUGAAGGGAAUUGGAGCGAUUGAGAUUGGUGUUGGGUUAGGUAUUCUGGGUCUUCUCAAAUUUCGAAUUAUAAGAGGAAUUAAUCUUGCAAUUCGCGACGCCAUUAAAGGACGCGCCAGUGACCCUUAUGUGGUCCUCAACGUCGGCGAUCAGAAGCUGAAGACUUCUGUUAUAAAAAACAACUGCAAUCCUGAGUGGAAUGAAGAAAGGACCAUUUCUAUAAAGGAUGUUACAACCCCAAUACACCUUUCAGUUUACGACAAAGACACGUUCUCAGUGGAUGACAAGAUGGGAGACGCAGACAUAGACUUGAAGCCCUAUAUUCAGUGUGUGCAAAUAAUGGGGUUGAAUAAGCUCCCAAAUGGUUCUGUUGUCAUGACCUUUCAACCAGAUGAAACCAAUUGCCUUUCUCAAGAAAGUUGCUGCAUUUGGCGAAACGAAAAUAUCGUCCAAGAAAUGACUUUGGGAUUGAAAAAUGUUGAGAGUGGGGAAUUAGUUGUGGAAAUUGAGUGGGUUGAUGUUAUUGGUUGCAGGGGCUUAUCACAUUUACAAUUUUAA